AUGCCGCCAACAGACUUGCUAUCAUCCGACGGAGAUGGCAGACCCUAUUCCUCCCUGUCUUCGCAUAAUCUGUCUUCCUACAACCCGCCUUCGAGCCAAGGACCAGCGGAGCCAUACUACUCUAAUGAAGAAAUAUCAAUCAUCUACGAGUCCGUACUGCGCGGACAGGAAAUCCUCGCCGCCGACGAGAAGCGAACGCUCACCGAGACGGCGGCGUUGUUUGAGGGCAGCGAGCAAGUUUUCCCGCAACAUGGAAUCUCUACCGAUGACCCACGCCUGUCGCGACUCCUUUUCAAGAUCGGUGGCAGGCGCGGCGUCGGGCCCGGCCUGCUCAGGAAGUUCCGGUCCGUCUUAGAGGGCAUGGACAUCGAGAUCAACCUGGAUGGUCACCCUCUUCAGUCAACCGACGCCGGCGACGACGAUGACCGGCCAGCACUUUCAACCCGGUCCAACUCUUUUGCGCACUUGCCCGGGGGCGCAACGAACAGCAGCAUAUCUACCAGCCCUCGGCAGAAGCCAAGAGAUGACAGCGAGGGAGAUGUUGCUGUCGCGUCGAAUCUCAAUGGCCACUCGCGCAUUCAUUCCGAGGCAUUGGCUGACCUGGAACCCAACGGAGUCGUUACCAAGACUGACGGUUCGCAGCGUCCUCGCGCUGUGUCGUUUGUCUCCUCGACAGAGGACUUUCCCCCACGGCCACUCCCCGAGAUCGCCCCGCAAACUCCGGCGGCGCAGCGUGGAGCCAGGCCUGCUGGUAAUAAUGGUCCCUCGGGUCAGUCGUCGCAGGCAACGUCUCCAAAUCGAACGCGCCCCUUGUUGCGACCCCUGCCGGCAGCUUUCGGACGUGUCAACCUGCCUAUCCGACCCCCUGUGCCACCAUCGGUAUCAUCAGCCGCCGACUCACCACAGAGACCACCUCAACCUGUUCACUCAUUACCAGCACCUCAGGCUCAGCAUGACCUGCCAAUGCUAUCCAGAUGGCUACAGAGCAGCAUUUCGAACCCGAGAUCUUUCAGGGCUACUCCGCAUUCCGGUAGCAUCCAUGCGCCAGAAAUCAACUGGCCAGGUGGCUCUCAUCCGCACCGCAUUCAGGUGGCAGAGUCAUCCCUGGACGCUGAUGAAAUUAUUUAUGAGGACGAAAAUGGUGACGACGGCGAGGUCAAAUCUCGUGACAACGACAACCAUGCUUUUGACGUCGCUAACGAACAUGCCCAACUACCUCUGCGACCCAAGACGACCGCUGAGCCCCAGGCCCCCGAAAGCGAUUUACAUGAUGCUGAUGUUUCUGGAAAUGGAGACGCAGAAGGCAAUGAACAACUUUUGUUUGGCUAUGGCAGCUUACUCGGCCCUCAAAGGAACGAUACGGCACGAAGUGCUCGUAAACUGGCACCUUCGGCCUUCCCGAAACAAUACACAAGAAUAUCAUCUACCGAGGUUCAUCGUCAAGGCCAGGAGGCCCUGAAUCCAGAUCAAAUUUCAGGGGCCAGGCAUAGCGAGACACCACUUCCCCCAUAUGGUUCACCUCCCAGAGAUGAUGAGAAUUUUGCCGGCUCAAAAUGGCAUGAGCCUCGCGAUUCUCCGCCGGCCUCGCAUCCCGUUUUACAGGCCCCCAUGCAACAAGGAGACAUUGAGAAUGAGUCGGAACUGCGGCAGUCGGUAUUGGCGGAAAUAGCAGCGGCACACCAGAAUUUCCACUCCCGUAGGAUGGGAGGACUAUUGCAGUCAUGGCGUGACCAGCGCAACCGCCUCUCGGCAAGCAACGACUACAUGGAGUCUCUGGCUGGUCAAAUGGAGAGGAGGUCACUGAGCAAGAAGUUUGUCAACACAUGGCGCCUGGCUGCUGGGAUGGCAAGGGCCCGGAGAAGUGAAGCUGCAGAAACAGCAAGGCAACUGGUCGAGACAGCACGUCGGGAGGAACGGAUCAUGAAGCGUGCAGAACGAGCUUAUGAACUCUCGCUACUUCAUAAAGCCUUUACACACUGGUGGACCGCUGCUCAGGAGGAGGUGGAGAGAACCGAAAUCGCAAGGAGACACUUGCUCAGGAAGAAGGUCUUCGAUGGCUGGUCGCAAAAGGUGUCGGCAGACAAAUUCAAGGCUUUCAGCUUUGCCGCCAAUGGAGCGCUGCUCGCUUGGCGCAUAGUCACGAAGAAACAAGAAGAGCAGGAAGAAGUCGCGCUCCAAAUGUGCUCCAGAGGGCUUCUCAAAAUCACAUUUGCAAAGCUUUUCAGGCGACAUCAGGAGCGUGUUGCUGAUGCUUUUAACUCGGCUCGCCUGAGGCAAGGUGCCGUUUUGACUUGGUCGGCAGAACUGCAGAGCGCCACGAAACUGUGGACUGCGGCCGAGGCGGAUGCCUCCCAUAUGCGCCAAUCUAAUGCGUUGAGUAUGUGGCAGUCCCGGCACUCCGACAUGUCCAUGUUUCAAUCAAUGGCUUCCAGUCUUGUCCUCGAUCAUGACGCGACUGGCAUUUUUGAUUUCUGGCGCAAGCAAGCCAGGCUCGAAAGAAUAUUCCGGGAGCUUUCCAACUCGCAGAGGAAAAAAACUCAGGCCCUAACACUGUCUGCGUUGGGACAGGCUGCUGGUCUGUCGCAAAUGCUUGCCGCCAAGGCAGAUGCUAUGAUACUAAAAGACUUUGCUCAACAUUGGCUCCGCGAGCUCCGAUUAAGGGAAUUUUCCAGGCGGCGGGACCAAGAUUUGUUGUACAAUCAGCUGUACGAAUGGCUGAUGGAAGAGCGAUAUGCCCUUUUCCAUCGUUACUCGGAGUACAACCGAACUGUUGCAGCGCUAUCCGAGCUGCGAGCCGUUCACGAGAGCGAGAGGUUCAGACAGAGACAGCUUGACCUGAAGGCUCAGCGGUUUCGUAGGCGUGCCCUCUUGGAUCCUUUGAUUGGCCUCAUGCGCUCUCAGAUAUACCACAAUGACGAGGCCCGCAACUCGGCCCGCAGGAUUGAUCUGGAAAAUGUAGCGGGCAGCAUAAUAGAAGCCUGGACCACGGCAGCUGCAGGGCUGGAGAGCAUGGCAGAUGAUGCGCGUCUCGGGGCCUACUGGACCGCCGCGACUACUUGUCUCGAGGGCUGGCCCAGCUUCGCUCGAGAAGUGCGUCGCCAGAGGCUCGCAACCACAUAUCACGCAGCAAGCCGGCUACGCAAGGAACGCAUGGCUACAGAUGCCUUUGUUACCUGGCAGGAAGCUCUGCACGACAAGUUUGUUGUGACUUGGGAGUCGGAAGCGGCCCUACAGGACCGGCAACUGCAUGAGACUAUUGACCUGAUGAACACGUGGAUUGGUGAGACGAACCGCAUGAUAAUAAUGAGCAGUGUCGCCAAUCAAUCAGAUCUGCAGGUCGUGGUCAACUCAUGGCGCGCCAUUGCCAAUGGGCUGGACAAUCAAGAGACCGAUGCCGCCAUCUAUGAUAUCGAGCGGCUGAGAGGCGCAACCCUGGAGGUUUGGGAACUCGAACUUGUCAAGCUGAGGGGUUGGGCGCACACAGCGACAGAGCUUGCAGACAAGAACAAAAAGAAGCUUGCUCGUCAAGCACUGGGAUUCUGGUUGAGCCAGACGCAGCCGCGUCAACGCGAGGUGGACGACGUAGCCAUUGGUGGCAGGACUCCGCUUCGUACGAGCCUUCGUCGGAGCUAUACAGCAACUGCCCCGCCAAACUUUGGCGGUUCCGUGUUGUCAAGACCUGGCGGUCGAUUUGGAAGUGCCGCCGAUCAAGACGGACAAAACAUUGCAAGAUCCCAAUCUCAACAGGAGAAUCCCCUCGUGAGAAGGACUCAAGAGCCCUCUGGACCUCGACAGCAGGAUAACUCGCGCGGGCCGGCGUACGGUAGCACACCUUCACAACCAAUGCCCUCGGCUUGGUUCUCCAGCCGCUUCGGGUCAAGCACUACUGCAAAUACACCUUAUACUCCCCAGCCGAAAGCACAGUACUCUGACCAACCCACUCCUUCUCAAAAUUCAACCAGGGGUCGUCCUAACGCCGGCCUACAAGACUCAAGGCUGCCACCCAUUUCCGAGCGAUCUGAAAACUCCACACGGCGGUUUUCAGGCGGCGGUGGGGGCGUCUAUCCCAACACGGCUUCGGAAAUACCAGACGAUUCGAUGCGUGGCCCUAGUGAGGACCGCAUUCGGUCGUUUCAGGAGAAGCUGGCGCAGGCCUCGCGAUUUGCAGACUCGGUUCAGUUAGGGCCAAUGUCGGAGUUUGACGAAGACGAGGAGAAUGAUGGCCCGUACCGGUUCUCGGCGCAGUUUGGUGCGUCCAGGGCCAGCUCCGCUUUCCCCAACACCCCUGCUGCACCGCGAGCAUCCGGUGCGACGUUACCUCCCUCCGUAGUAGUCAACACGCCCACGCGGUUCCAGAGUACCACACGACUGCCUUUUCCGUCAACAACCACACCCAUGGCGCCUCUACCAUCUCCCAUGGAACGGCAGCUGCGGCAAGAGUACGUCAAGCCGUCAAGCAGUUUGCAGCCGGAGCAAUCUUCAGCCAGACCCGUUCUUGCCCGCGGCGCCAGAAGCCUUCUAGGAACCGGCGGUGCCGUGGCACGCCAGGGCGACGGCAAUAGACUAGCUAGGUCAUGGGCAGCCACCGGCCAGCAACCUCGGGUAACCUUUGAGCCUGGCCUUGCUGGAGCCGAUGAUGAAGAAGACGAUAAUGGCGAGCAGUUUACGAAUUUCUAA